AUGUUCACUAACACCGAGAACCUGACCAUAUGGCGAAGCCCGAGCUUGACCGACUGGACAAAUGCGGAAGAGAAGGCGGCGUUUGUACCUCCGCCCGGUAUGAACUACUCCACGGACUUGUGGGCGCCAGAGCUUCACAACAUCGACAACAAAUGGUGGAUCAUUUUCACGGCCGAUCCUAACAUGGACAACCCACCGCCAGAGAUUGAGAUGCUCUGCGAUUGGAAUUGCCCAGCUGUCAACCACAGGAUGUACGUGCUCGAAGGGUCCACCGACGAUCCAUGGACAAGCAAUUAUACGAUGAAAUCGCAGCUGAACACUUUUGACCAAUUCGCAAUCGAUGGAACCUACUUCCAGCAUUCGACCGGAUUGUAUCAUGUCUACUCCUGCUGGCAGUCGGCGUACAUCAGUUGGCCAGCAAAUCUAUGCAUUACGAAGAUGAGUGACCCGUUCACAGUAGCGAGCAAUGUUACCGAGCGCCAGACAAUCUCUGUGCCCAGCAACCCUUGGGAGAAGACUCCAUACGGACGAAUGGACAAUAUUCGCCUUUCCAGCAAUGAAGGCCCUCAGCAGCUUACAAACAAGGAGACCGGGCAGGAGUUCAUCGUCUACAGCGCGGCACGCAGCGACAAUCGCAACUAUUGCCUUGGUCUACUGGAGCUAGUGGGCGACGAUCCAAUGAAUGUUCAGGACUGGCGGAAGAACAAUGACGGCUGCGUGUUUCAUCAAAACCCUCAGAACAAAGCUUAUGGCGUUGGGCACGCCUCUUUCACGACCAGUCCAGACGAAAGUGAGAAUUGGAUCGUCUAUCACGGGAUGGAGAACCCCGUCAAUGGCUGGGCUGCAAGGACUGUGAGGGCGCAAAAGUUUACAUGGAAUACAGAUGGUACGCCCCGGUUUCCAAGGCCGGGCUAUGGGCCGUACGAUGUGCCAAGCGGCCAAAACGCGAGUAUGGCGUUGCUGUAAGCAGGCAUCGUGUUUUGAGAUACUCUCAAUCAGCCGUAAUCAGACCAGACACAGAAAUCAGACACAGAAAGCAGACACAGCAUAGUUCAACGAAGCUCGGUCUUGUCCGACCAUCGCUACCGA